AUGGCAGAAGCGGACUGCUCGGUUCCUAGUCGGGCUGGCGAGAUUUAUCGUGUUACUAGUACAAAGGAUACAGUCGAGACCCAACUGCUCGUAUGGCACGUCCGUAAUAGAGAGAUGCUUUGCAGUAGGCUUGCGAUAGAUAGAAUCACCGUCGUGGGGGGAGAACAGUCCCGACCUGUAGCCCCAAACUCUGCUUGUGCUAGAACACCCUUAUGGAAACACCACCCCGUGGAAGAGGUUCAUUCAGCGAUCUCCGUGGCAGCAGUGGGCAGCAUUUCCGACAAAGGAAACACCACCCCGUGGAAGAGGUUCAUUCAGCGAUCUCCGUGGCAGCAGUGGGCAGCAUUUCCGACAAAGGAAACACCACCCCGCGGAAGAGGUUCAUUCAGCGAUUUCUACGGCAGCAGUGGGCAACAUCUCCGACGAGGAAACGCCACCCCGUGGAAGAAGUCGUCAUUCAGCGAUUUUCGCGGCAGCAGUGGGCAGCAUCUCCGACGAGGAAUCACCACCCCGUGCAAAAAUCUCAACAUCGGAACUAGGGCUUCAACAAGAGGGAGUCAGUACACGUUAAGCUACACUCUUAUCGUGGACGAGUGUAAACCAUUGAGAGGAGAAAGAAACGAUUUUGACGAAACUCAAUACCAGAUAGAGCAACUUGAAAAGGGGGCCGCAGAAGCCUAUGAAGGCUGCAGAUCGGAAUUUGAAAUUCGUUAUUGCGAUGUUGUGUGUCUUAUAAACGAUAUUAUAGAAAAAAGUCUCGCGGUUCCGGUUCCAUCGACUUCUUUAUUGCUUAACCCUACGGACGGUAAAAAUCCACGAGAUUCUAAUGACAGCAUGCAGUUGAAUCUACCCGUUUUAAAUAUCAAAUCAUUUAGCGGCGAUUACAAAGAAUGGCUAAAUUUUGAAAAUUCGUUCAAAUCGGUGAUAGAUGAGAAUAAGGCGUUAAAUAAUCGUCAGCGAUUUCAGUAUUUAAAGUCUUCCUUGCGCGACGAAGCCUUGCGUACCAUUGAAUCUUUAGUUAUUAACGAUGAAAAUUAUAAAGAGGCAUGGAGAUUACUAACUAAUCGGUUCAAAAAUACUCGUUUAAUAGUGCAAGAUCACGUAAUGUCCAUUUUAAAUGCUCCUAGUAUAAACAAGCAAUCACCAUCCUUAUUGCGGGCUCUUGUCGAUACGGUGGUGUCGAAUUUAACAUCUCUAAAAUCAUUAGGAAUAACGGUGGACAAAUGGGAUGCAUUACUUAUUCCUGUCAUUGUAGAAAAAUUGGAUUAUAGUACAAAACGUGAAUGGCAACUUUCCCUCGAUAAAGAUGUACCGACUUACAAACAGUUUAUUGAUUUUCUAGAAAAACGUUGUUUAAUGUUGGAAUCAUUAAGUUAUAUGUCGAAUAAUAAAACAUCAAAUGAAGGAAAGGUUUAUCAUAAACAAAAUAAUUAUUUCAACAAAUCAAAGACUGUUUCUCACAUAACCACUAAUAAAAAACAAGCAUCUUGUUCAAUGUGUAAAAAAUCAUCUCAUGUAAUUUUUCAGUGUAUAGAUUUUUUGAAAAUGUCAAUUCCCGAGCGUAUAGCGCAAGUUAAACGUCUUAAAUUAUGCAUCAAUUGUCUCCGAGAAAAUCAUCAGGUUGCUACAUGUCGUACCAGUCAUAAAUGUCAAGCUUGUAACAAAAAACAUAAUACGUUAAUACAUACAGACGAAGCUGACGCCGAUGAAAAUAGUUCAGUAACUUUAAGUAAUCAUUCUUCUAGUUUAUUAAAAUGCUCAGAUUCCGUUUUACUAUCAACGGCUAUAGUUCUUAUUAAAAAUGCUAAAAAUGAAUAUGAAACUUGUAGAGCUUUGUUGGAUCCAGGUUCUAUGUCCAAUUACAUAACUGAACCGAUGAUUAAAAAGCUAAAAUUGAGCACGAAACAAAUAAAUAUUCAAAUUAAGGGUUUAAAUGGAGCGGCAAGUUCUUCUCAAAAGCAAGUUUUAGAUGUGGGUAUAAAAUCUAUUUAUAAUGCGUACUCAACAAAAAUAAAUUGCAUCGUGGUGAACAAAAUAACCGAAAAUCUUCCGUUAGUGUCUAUCAACCCCUCAUCUUUGGAAAUUCCCAAAACCAUAAAACUAGCAGAUCCCAAGUUUUUCGAAUCGGGUACAAUAGAUCUUUUGAUAGGAGCCGGCCUUUUUUGGAAUUUACUUUGCAUAGGCCAAUUGUCCUCGCCGGGCAGUGGGUUAAUAUUUCAAAAAACACAUUUAGGGUUUAUUGUGGGAGGCCCUCUCGGUACCAUAAACUUACCGACAAAUUUUACAACAUGCAAUAUUUCCAUAUCCGGACCCGACCCCGGUUUAGAAAUACAGGCAAGAAAGAUUUGGGAAUUGGAAAAACCAGUAAUUACGGCGGAUUACGAUAAGAAUGCGUCUAACGAAGAAGAAAUUCUUUGUGAAACCCACUUCCGUGAAACUGUCCAACGGGACCAUGACGGGCGAUUUAUUGUACGGUUGCCCAUUAAAAAUAACAAAAUAAAUAUUGGUAAUUCACGAAAUGCAGCUCUCAAACGCUUUUUCAGUCUUGAAAGGAAUUUGAUCAAAAACCCACACGUUAAAACAAAUUAUGUAGAUUUCAUGUUAGAGUACCAAAAUUUAAAUCAUAUGGAAUAUUUAAGCCAACCACCCAACGACAACAAUUGCGUUUAUUUGCCUCACCACGCCGUGCAAAAGGAGUCUAGUACGACAACAAAAUUAAGAGUUGUUUUUGACGCGUCGGCAAAAACUUCAAAUAAACAAAGUCUAAACGAUAAUUUGCUAGCUGGGGCGGUAUUACAACAAGACCUAUUUUCAAUAAUAGUACGCUUUAGAACAUUUCAGUACGUGUUAAACGCUGAUAUAGCGAAAAUGUAUCGUAAGAUCAAGAUACAUCCCAACGAUACGAAUUAUCAAUUAGUUCUUUGGCGGAAUCAUCCAUCCGAACCACUAAAUACGUAUCGUCUUUUGACAUUAACAUAUGGUACCAAACCGGCAAGUUUUAUUGCUACGCGGUGUUUGAAGGAGCUAGCUGAUCAAAACCAAGCUAGGUACCCUGUCGCGAGCGAAAUCAUUCGUCGAGAUUUUUAUAUGGACGACCUUUUGACCGGAGCUGACUCGAUCGAAGAUUUAACUGAAAUAAAAAAUGAUGUAACGGCCAUAUUGAAACAGGGUCAAUUUGAAUUGCGAAAAUUUCAGUCAAACGAACUAAGUGUUGUAUCUAAUAAUGAUAAUUUCCAUGAUUCGAACGUACAAUUGCAUAAGGAUAAAUUUACAAAAAUUUUAGGUUUGUGUUGGAACCCUACCGUCGAUAAUUUAAGUUACGAGAUUAUACUGAAAAAUAUACCUAAUAAAGUAACCAAACGUGCCAUACUUUCGGUAACGGCCCAAAUAUUUGAUCCGUUAGGGUUGCUCGGACCCAUCAUAAUGCAUGCUAAAUUAAUUUUGCAACGUUUAUGGACGCUGAAACUGGGUUGGGAUGAAUCAGUACCUGCCGAUAUAUAUACGUCUUGGAUUACCUUUUUAAGCAGCUUGAACCAUAUACGUCAAAUUAAAGUGCCGAGAAAAAUUAUACCCGUCGCAUUUUCCGACCUUAUCGAAAUCCACGGUUUUUGUGACGCUUCCCAGCACGGUUAUGGGGCAGUGUUAUAUUUAAGAACUCGUAACCCAAAUAAUAAUAAUUAUGAAGUCAAUUUAAUAUGUGCAAAAUCAAGAGUAGCGCCUUUACGCGAUACAACCUUGCCACGUCUCGAACUUUGUGGCGCUUUACUGCUAUCACGGCUAGUAAAAGGGUAUAGUACUUGCAUGGAUAAACACGCAGUCGAGAUCACUAAAAACAUUUGUGGCAAAUAG